UGCUGGAAUUAACUCACAAAAGAAAGAUCUGGUUCGAGGGUUGCCUAAUCUUAAAGCCAAAAUACCAGGUUGUAGAACUUGUCAAUUUGGUAAGCAAGCAAGACUUCCUUUCAAGAAAGCAACCUGGAGAGCCACUAAAAAGCUAAAAAUUAAUUCACACAGAUCUGACUGGUCCUCACCGAACUCAAAGGAGUUUAAUAUUUGGUUUUAAUUGUUAUAGAUCUUGAAAGGUUGUUGUUGUGUUCUUGUUGUUCAUUACAACGUUCACCUCUUGUUAAAACCGAAAAUACAACACUAAAAUAGCCUUAAUCGAUUGUGUUGGUAUCUAGAGUUCUUGGCCGUGAUUGGCCUUGUUGUUGUUGGAGGUAGACGUUUGGAGUGUUGUGUUCUUGGUGAUUGUUGAAGUUGUUAUUGAUGUUCUUCACAACCUUCAGUGCUAUUUGAACUUAGUUUAAUGAAUAAAUUGUAGCUCAUGUAUUACGAGUUGGUUUUUAGUACGAAUGUAAGUUUGAGAAAGAAAAAUAAACAAAAGUCAAAUUAAGCAACCAGCCAUAGAAGCUACUGAGGCCGUAACUUGAGUCCAACAGAACUUGAUCUCUCCUGCUGCUCCUGCAUCACAAAUAGAUAUCAAAUCAAACAUCAAUUAGAGAACAAAUCCCAAUAUAGAAACAUUAAAAGCAACAAACCUCAGGAACAUGGGGCUGAGGGGAAGGAUGAUAGGCUGCCGGAAUGUUCAAAUCAAAAGGCGAAGGCUGAAAAGCUAGAGUGUUCGACUCCAAAAGACUAGCAUCCUGCACAAAACAUUUUUCAACAUCAAAUUGCAAAAAAAUAAAGAGAAACUUAAAUGAAAAUAAGUCAUCUAUCAAAAAAACAAAGGGAAUACCUGCAAGUCCAAGGAGGGGCAAGUUUCCCUCAUAGAAUAGUAUUGAGACUUAGCUUUUAAAUACUGAUCGAACACAAUAUCAUAAUAAGCUGCAAGUUCUGCUUCUGUAGUAAAAGUAGCAAUAACAGCUUUCGCAUUGCUUAUGUCCAAAGGGGAGCAUCACCUAUAGAUUUGGAUUUCCCUUUGAAGGACAAAGGAGGAGCAUCACCAGUAACUUUGUACUUACCUUUGUCCUUCAAAGUAGGAGCAUCACCAAUCACAAUGAAUGUCCAUUUGCCUUGGACACAUUUACCUUUGUCCUUAGCACCAACAUCGAUAGGCUCAGAAGAAACGGUGUCUUUGCCAAAACUAAACAAGUGCUUCAACUGACUUUCAUAGAUUUCAUUUUUUCACCAAUGUCAAAAAUGGUUCAUGAAUAAUAUUCGAGAAAAUCAUCACACCGAAAUGAUGCUCAUUUGGAAUGGACUAUCAUUUCCUUAUUUAGACGAUCAAGAUCACGUAAAGCCAUAUGAGAGAUAGUCUUUAUAUGACCUUGGCCAAAGAAAGGGGUCAAGGGACACCCAGUAUCAUCCAAGGAACAGGCAACACAUGCACUGGCUUUUGUCUGGAAUAAAAUAAGAGUAAUAUGACAAACUAAAAAGUGUUGAAUGUUAAGGUAAACCUACUCAGUUAUAUAAUAACCUUAAAACACAUCUCAAACUUGCAUUCGUAUUAAAAACCAACUUGUAAUACAUGAGCAGUCAAUUUUGACAAUUUAUUCAUUAAACUAAGUUCAAAUAAAACGAAAGGUUGUGAAGAACAUCAAUAACAACUUCACCAAGAACACAACACUCCAAACGUCCACCUCCAACAACAAUUCACGGCCAAGACCUCUAGAUACCAACACAAUCGACUAAGGCUAUUUUCGAUUUUAACUAGAGGUGAGACUAAGGCUAUUGUAGUGUUGUAUUUUCGAUUUUAACAAGAGGUGAAGGCUGUGAUGAACAACAAGAACACAACAACCUUUCAAAAUCUAUAACAAUUAAAACCAAAUAUUAAACUCUCUUUGAGUUCGGUGAGGACCAGUCAGAUCUGUGUGAAUUAAUUUUAGCUUUUCAGUGGCUCUCCAAGUUGCUUUCUUGAAAGAAAGUCUUGCUUGCUUACCAAAUUGACAAGUUCUGCAACCUGGUAUUUCGGCUUUAAGAUUAGGCAACCCUCGAACCAUAUCUUUCUUUUGUGAGUUAAUUCCAGCAGCAUGGUUGAAAUGUCCGAAACUUAUGUAUUGAUCUUAGUUGCAGAAUAAGUUUUUUGUUCAUGAUCUAAAAGUUCUAAUAUAAAGCUCCUUCCAUUCAUCAUAACCUUGAAUAAGUUUCUCCUAUCUUCAUCCUUGAUUUGACUGUAAUUGGAGUCAAAGAGAAGUUUGAAACCAUUCUCAAGCAUCUGGCCAACACUUAACAGACUAUGACUAAUAUUAGGCAAGGGAGAAACUUCGUAGUCCUCCUCAACAGUUUUCCACAAAUCGUUUGCCACCAUAUGUGCCUCCAUUCUUGCUGCCCAGACAUGAUAGCCUUCACCUUUGAAGACAGGUGGUGCUAGUGCAGUGAAAGAAGUCUCUGAAUCCAUAGAAGAAAAAACAAGAAGAGAAAGAUAUGUUUCCCUCAAAUGUAGGUCUCUCAAGAAGAGAGCUCUUGAUACCAAUUUGUUAGAGUUGUAAGGUUAACUUCAACUCUUUGAAGUGAAAACAAAGAAAGAAAGAAGAGAACAAACAAUUUACUGCAAAAAGAUUGAUUUUUCAUUAAUUUGAAGUGGUGCUUAAAUACUAAAGAAAUGCAAUAACUAAAACCUAUAAUUAAGCCACUACUUUGUACAUGAUUCUAUGGUCAGCAAUAUCCAAAACAACUAAACCACUGACAUCUAAAAAUCAGCCACUAAACUAAACUAACAGAAUGUGGCUUAAAAAACUGGAUAAUGUCCAACAUGGCUAAAACAGCUGGAUAAUGUCCAGCAACUGCUUCAACUUAGGCAAUUAAUCAACAGGAAGUUUCAAAGUGAAUAAAGGAAGGGGCUUUGAUGUGGUUAUUUGUGCUGAGUUGAAAUUUGAACUUAACUCCAUCCCUUUUGAGUUUUCAUUAAUUUUUGUUGUUGUUAGUCAUUGAACACUUACUCGUAGGAUCACCAAAGCCUGCUCCUUUAGCGAGGCUUGGUUUUACUAAUUUGAUCUCAAGUAAAGGGAAACAAUGUUUUAGAGGUCCUCCUUUGAUGGAGAUCCUUUCUUAUCUGACAACUGGAGACUAAGUUAUAGCGGACUAACCAGCAUCCAACAUAUCCCUUCUAGUGAAUAUUAGUCGUCACAGUUUGAGUUCUUGCUUUCAAUGCAACUUUUUGCUUGUCAAGCUUUCUCUCCUACACAAGGUAAGUGAAUUAAUAAUCAAGAUCAUUUUGUAGCUUAGUGCCCAUUUCAUAGAAGAAGAGCAAAUGAGGUUAUGAUUUCAAUUCUAGUUGGAUGCAGAGCGACCCUGUAUUUGUGUAUAUAUAUUCUUCCCCUAAAUGUGGUUAACUUGGUAGAUAUCAUUGACUUUGUAGCUCUUUGAAGGAAGAGUGCUUUCUGUACGUUGUUUGUAAACUACUAAAUUGUUAUAGAGCAAGGAUAACUGAUGCAUACUGUAACCAAUUCAAGAUCUACAUAAUGAUAAUUGCCAAUUGCGAAAGCAAUAUGAAGACUCUGAAGGUAUCGCCAUGCUGUGAACUUGACAUUGAUGCCAAGUGCCAAUUGAUUAUUGACCAUGUGCCAAAGUUUUCACAUGCGUUCUUUGAGGAAGCACUGCAGUGCACUAGCGAGCAAGGUGUUGAAGAAAUGGUAAGUACUAGCCCACUUGAUUGUGGUGAUAAGAUUAUACCUGAUCCAUCCAAAGUAAGAUCCGACGAUUUGCCAAUGAUUGGACUUGAAGCCAUGCAACGAGCUAAUUCUACAUUAGAAGAUUUUUGCAGGUCCUAUUUUAUGUUUCACAAGAUGGAUCCUCACCAGCCGCAGUCUAUAUUCAAAUACCUACCGAUACUUUCAUUCACUGAAAGUUACAUUUAUCAGUUAGAUAAUUUAAAUGAGAAACUGCUGCAGCCAUCAGUGGGGAAGGAUCGAUCGUCAUAUUUUGAAUUCAGUGUGGUAUUGGAAGCAAAACAAAGCUGUGAAUGUACAUCUGUGAGAAUGAUGACCAAUGACCCAUUUAGCCCUCUUUGUAUUUUACUUCAGCAGCAUGGGCUUUUGACAGCCAGGAUAAGAGAAGAGUUUAGUAGUGGAGUAGAAUAUUGGUCUCUGGAAAGAAAGCUGUGUCGUGCCCUUGGGAGUAAACAAGAGAUUUCUGUUGAAGAUGUGAUGACGGCAAUUCAUCUGAAGUCCUUUGAUUAUCGGGUGCUGAAUCUUCUGUUGUAUCAACUGAGAGGUGAAAAGGUCAAUGAUAUGCAUAUGGAAUUUUUGUCAACGUCAGAGUUGCUUGUGGAGAUAUCCGAUGACUUGUUUGAUUAUGAGGAUGAUGUGUUAGAGAAUAGUUUCAAUAUUCUGCGCAUGUUCAGUGGAAUUUAUGGGGCUUCGGCAGCACCAGCUAUGCUGGCAAAAGUUAUCACUGAAGCUGAAGAGAAGUAUGAUAGUUUGUUGAAAGCUCUCGAUCCCGACCUCUCUCAGAGCUGUCAGAAGAGAUGCGAAGAAGCUACUAAAGAAGGCGGGAAGACGUCAGGUCCAUCUCUUGGAACAUGGAGUAUACCUCCUGUUAUUGAAGAUGAGGAUCAUUAUCGAUCCAAUAUUUUGAAUUCGAAGCCAUCCACUAUACCAGAAUGGAAUACCUGAGGAAAAAUUCUGGAUCCAGAAUUUUGAGAUACUAUCAGAUAGGCUUUUACAACACAACUUAUUUCUUCUCAUUCCUAAUUUGCUGUUGCCCAUCAUAAAAAGCCUCCCUAUGUCUCUUGAUCCCUCAUUCCGUCCGAGGAGGGGCUCACAUCUGAUUAGCUAGUUGGGUAGUAUUAUUGAAGCUUGUUACGUUAUGUUCUACAGCUAAACAACAGCAAACUCAAUGUAAUCUCAAGACCAGGGAAGAUGUUCAACAACUAUUUAUUGAAAAAGAAAAAACACUAGAUGAUUUCUUCCUCCCUUCUGCGUAAGCCUUGGCCGCAGAGUCACCAAGUUCCUGUACUAGUGGAAGGUAACAUGUUACCGGUAGAUUAGUCAAGGUGCACGACAAGCUGACCUGAACACCACCAGAAAAAGAAUAUUUAUCAAAAAGGUGAAAAGUUUGCUAAUUCAUGUUCUGAAAUUAGGAGUGGAUAUUCCGAAGAAUUUUACUUUUAAGGGUUGUUUUUUUAUACCCUCUUGUGACUGGUGUUACAACAUGUAUUGCAGUAGAUUAUUUAUUUCCCGAAGAAUGGAAAUUAUGGAGGACACGAAUGUUGCCUUUUGCC